UUGGUUUUUGCUCAUGACCCUAACCUUGCUCAGUUUAAAAUGACUAAUUAUCAGUAUUUAUAGCAGUUACUUAAUUUUUUGCAAGAAAUGAAGAAAUACUUGGAGCAAGUACCGCAUUUCAGCGACAAGAAGCUCACAGCAGUGGGUGAGGAGGACUGAAGUGUUGGCGAUGUGGUCUCUCCGGGUUUGUCUCUGCACCGUCCUGCUCUCCGUCUCAGUCCAGGGUUACAACUUUUCGUACAAAAGUUGGACAAUAUCCGGAGCUGAUGUGGUGUCUGCCGUGGAAGGAACGUCCGCUGUGUUGCCGUGUACAUUCACCCACCCACCCACUGAUCACAACCUCAUCGGCUCCGUGUUGUGGUACAGGAGGAAAUCCGGGGGUGACCACCUUGUGUUUAACUGUACAUAUCUAAAUCCUGACCGCUGCACCGGCGAAGAAGUGACACCGGCGACAGGAAGUGGUUUGUUGAGAUUCGUGGGGAACCUCAGGCAGAGGGAUGCCUCCAUAAUGGUGGAGCGACUGAGCCGCGAGGACGACGGUGCAUGGUAUCGGUGCCGUGUGGAACUCAACGUUGGAAAUCUUCACGCUGUGGACCCAACACGCCUGACCGUGAGAGCUGCAGUCGUGAAUGUCUCAGUGGUGACUGGGACUGAGGGGGCUUCGGCCACGUUAGCGUGUGUGUUUCCACCGCCUGCACUCAACCACAUCCUACACAAAGUCACAUGGAUGAGGAAGGAUCCCUACCGACACAUCGUCGCGUUCAGACCACAAGCUGAUGGAUCCUGGGCGGCGGAGAACGGAGCAACUCGGUUCGAGCUGGUCGGGGACCCAGAGCUGGGAAGCGUCUCAACCAGGAUAAAGCAGCUGAGUGGGGAGGACAGUCACGACUACCUGUGUCUGGUGGAGUUCAGGAAACCUGAUUACUCCCGUCCUGCAUCAAUAGCCCCAUCGUAAACCCGCCGUUUAUCCAACUGUCGCAGCGUGAGGUCCACCUGCGGGUCACAGCCGUACCACAGACGUUCCCCGUUAUGAUCUAGUGCAUGCCACUUGGAUCGAAAACCCUUGCCUUGUUAGUGAUGUGCUUCGUUUUAUAUUGUGACAAAAUGAG